AUGACUUCCAAAGAAGAACCCAAGCCCUCCUCGGGGGAAGAACGGCGGCGGAGCCCCCUGGAUCACCUCCCACCGCCGGCCAACUCCAACAAACCCCUCACCCCCUUCAGCAUCGAGGACAUCCUCAACAAGCCCUCGGUGCGGAGGAGUUACACCCUCUGCGGAACGGCCCACCUCCUCUCCGCCGCCGAGAAGCACCCCCCGGCCGGGCUGCCCCUCUCCGGCCGGGCGCUGCUCUCUCAGACCUCGCCCCUCUGCGCCCUGGAAGAGCUGGCCAGCAAGACAUUCAAGGGGCUGGAAGUCAGCGUGCUGCAGGCGGCCGAAGGCCGGGACGGGAUGACCAUCUUCGGGCAGCGGCAAACGCCGAAGAAGCGUCGGAAGUCGCGGACGGCCUUCACCAACCACCAGAUCUACGAGCUGGAGAAGCGGUUCCUCUACCAAAAAUACCUGUCUCCGGCGGACCGGGACCAGAUCGCCCAGCAGCUGGGGCUCACCAACGCCCAGGUCAUCACCUGGUUCCAGAACCGCCGCGCCAAGCUCAAGAGAGACCUGGAGGAGAUGAAGGCCGACGUGGAAUCGGCCAAAAAGCUGGGCCCCAACCCCGCCGUGGACAUCGUGGCCUUGGCCGAGCUGGAGCCCAGCGCCGAGGGAAGGGGCAAGGCACGGCCCGGGUCCCCGCCGCCGCCCCCCGCCGCCGCCCGGGAGCCCGGCGCUCCGCCACCGCCCCGCCCCGCCUCGCCCCCCACGGAGCGGCCCCGCAGCCGCCGGGACAGCGAGGAGGAGGAGGAGGAGGAGGAGGAGGACGUGGAGAUCGACGUGGAUGACUGA